ACAAAAACACUACUAAUAGUACACUACACUACCCUUGCUUGUGUUGUUUUUUCUUCUGUUCAAACCAAAAACCAUUCUCAAAAUCCACUAAAAUCUCCAAAAACUGCCAUGAUUUGAUCUUUCGAAAGCUUUAUGCCCAAAUGGGUUUUCCCACUAGACCCUUUUCUCUCCUCCUCCUCCUCCUCAUCUUCACUCUUGCAUUUCUGACCAGUUUUGAGCUUGUCCCACUUGCUGAAUCUGCUGCUGAUUACACUUCUUUGGUCUACAAAGGGUGCUCUAAGCAAGUUUUCUCAGAUCCAACUGGGGUUUACUCCCAGACCCUCUCUGCGCUUUUGGGUUCUCUGGUUCAACAAUCUUCAAAGACCAAGUUUUUCAAAACCUCAUCUGGGAGUGGCCAGACCUCAUUCACUGGGCUCUUUCAAUGCAGAGGAGAUCUCAGCAAUGGCGACUGUUACAACUGCGUGAGCAAGCUACCUUCCAUGGCUGACAAUCUCUGUGGAAAGACUGUAGCCGCGAGAGUCCAGCUCUAUGGCUGCUAUUUGCUCUAUGAGGUCUAUGGUUUUACUCAGAUUUCAGGCAUGGAGAUGCUCUUCAAGACGUGUGGGAGUACCAACGUGGCCGGGACUGGCUUCGAGGAGAGGAGGGACACAGCUUUCUCUGUCUUGGAAAACGGUGUCGUUUCAGGACAUGGUUUCUACACCACCAACUACCAAUCGGUCUAUGUUUUGGCUCAGUGUGAAGGGGAUGUUGGGGACUCGGACUGCAGUGAGUGUGUUAAGACCGCUGUUCAGAAAUCUGAGGUUGAGUGUGGGAGUUCCAUAUCAGGACAAAUCUAUCUCCAUAAGUGCUUUAUUAGUUAUAGUUAUUAUCCAAAUGGGGUUCCCAGAAGAUCAUCCUCAUCUUCAUCAUCAUCUUCUUCAUCUUCAUCAGUGGGUGGAGCAAAUACAGGAAAAACUGUGGCUAUAAUAUUAGGAGGAGCAGCAGGAGUGGGAUUUCUAGUCAUUUGUAUGUUGUUUGCAAGAAAUUUGAUGAAGAAACAUGAUGAUUUUUGACAGGAGUAAGGAAACUUAAAGAGGCAAAUAGCUGUUUUGAGGUGGACACUUCCUACAUGAGAUUCUGAAUUUCUUUCCUUUCUAUUUUUCUUUCUCAGGAAGGAAAUGGUUUACUUUAUUUUUAUUUUUUUUGGGAUGGUGAACAGAACUUGUCAAAAAGUAGGGUGGGUUUAGGAGGGUUGAGUAAGUAUUAAUUAGGAGCAUCAAAUUAAAGAAAUUUUUUUCUUCUUCACAAAGGUGAAUAUUUUUAUGUAGGAAUGAAUGUUUUGUAACUUGAAUUGAUGAGGAUAAAAAAAAAAAAGAAAAAAAAAGAGGAUGUUGUAUUGUAAGUUGUAACAAUGGUUUUGAUUUUCUUUUGA